AUGAACAACCUCCACGCACCCACCGUCCCCUCGGGGCCGACCACCGCAAGGGCCGCGAACGGCAACUCGGCGCACCUCUCGUUCGCCGAGCUGCAGCGCAGCAAGGACAACAUCGAGGCCGAGCUCAAGGCCCUGAGCAGCGUGCUCGACUCGCACGGCGUCGACAUGCACACGAGCCUCCUCACCCCCGACGGCUUCCCCAGGGCCGACAUCGACGUCGCCCAGAUCCGCACCGCCCGCGCCCGCAUCAUCCACCUGCGCAACGACUACAAGGACCUGAUGGCCAGGAUCGAGAAGCACAUCCACGAGCACUUCGCCAGCCUCGCCGAGAGCGCCACCGACGCCGAGGUCCCCGCCGCGUCGUCCUCGUCCGAGGGCGCCGCCCAGGAGCCCGCCCUGAGGGACUUCGUGCCAGAGCGGCUGGGCGACCCCUUUGCGAAAAUCAACACGGUGGCCCCGGGAAGCCCGGCCGAGGCGGCUGGGUUGCAGCCCGGCGAUCUGAUCAGGAACUUUGGCUAUGUAGACUCGUCCAACCACGACCAGCUGAAGAAGGUGGCGGAAUGUGUUCAAGGCAAUGCCGGCCAGAGUGUUCUCGUCAAGAUAUCGAGGCCCGUUGCAGCACCGUCGCAGCGAGAACUACAGUUGACCUUGGUGCCAAGGCAGGGCUGGGGCGGCCGGGGGAUGCUGGGAUGCCAUAUACUGCCUCUUUGA